AUGGGCAGAUACCGAUCAGAAGACAGCGAUGAUGAGCACUCGCGCAAGUCCAAGAAAAGGAAAAAGAGAAGAUCCAGAUCCAGCAGCAGCAGCAGUCAGCUCAGUCAUAUCUCCAACAGCAGAAGCAAAAAGUCGAGGAAAAAACAUCGAAGAUCUUCACGCAGUCGCAGCAGAUCCAGGGACAGGAAGCAUGUCAGUAGGUCAUCGAGGAGAUCCAGGUCCAAAAGUCCUGAUAGAUACAGUAGCAGGAAACGAAGGUCAGAUUCCAGAUCCCCUGGUCGGAAAAGCUCUAAGCGAGGAAGGACCAGAUCAAAAUCACCAUCCUCUAGAAAACGGAGGUCAUAUUCCAGAAGUCGAAGGUCUAGGUCACCAUCUCGGGAUCGCAGGAAGAAAUCUGAUUCAAGAGAACGAUCGUAUUCUGCAGAUAGAGCAAGCUCAACAAGGUCAUCUGUGGACAGGCACAAGGCUACAGGUCAGCCAGCUGGAAGUCCCAGAUUAAAGGGGUAUGUGUGUCAUACAUUGGCUGAACAAGCAGAAGAGAGACUGAGGCAAGCGAUGAAAGCUGCAACUUCAGCUGAUGAAAAGUUGCAGGCUCGUUCAGCCACGGAAUCCUUGGGCUCAUAUCUGUACUCAGACACAAAAAGCUUUGCUGCAUCAGUGUCGGCCAUAGAGUCGGAUAGUUUUGUGGCUUCAUCAUUUAAGUCGUCACGCUCCACAAAGAUAAAGGAAGAAGCCCCAGAGUCUGGGAUGUCUCAUGACGAUGCCAUCUUUGGAUCCCUGGCAAUUUCAGGUUUCACACUGAUGCCAGACCCAGAUACGAAACCCAUCCAGCUGGACCCGGAUUCAAUCAUGCAUCCAAGUUUAUACUGUGACCCACAAGAGAAAAUGGAGAGAUGGAUUUCACGUCUGGUACAGCUUCGCAGACGCAAGUUGGAAGGCGAUGUCAUUUAG